UUGAGUUUGUAUUUGUUCACGGAGUUGAAGAUAGGAAUGUGGGUACCGCAACAGCAGGACAUAGCAAUUCUCUCCACCUGGUUGCAUCAACAUCCUUUAACUUCAUCCGAAAGCCAUCUGGCUCGAUUGGUUCUUACACAUUUAAAUUGGGGCCUCGACACAAAUGACAGUCUGUAUCUUCCGAUUGAUCUGCAUCGACAAGUGGCACUGCUGAUUGUCGAACUUACAAUGAAACACGUGCCCGACACUCCAGUACAGACGGCUUCGUUGUUAGCUGAAAGCAUGAAGCAAGUUUCCUCAAUGGUGAGACCUCAGAACAGCGAGCAAGCAUUCAGCCUGUGGGCAUGGGAGAUGAUUAAUAAACUGAGGCUGCAUCAGUUGGACCGAUCGGAAUCUGCGUGUCAAUAUACCAUCUCGAAUCCGGCUGAGGGUCUUUCUUGCGUGCCUAACAUGGAAUCGGACUCCUUCUUAGAGAUUCUAGUGAAAGGAGUACGCGAGAAGCAGCCGAUCGCGAGCUACGUCUCCGUAUUGAUGACCCUGUGGGGUCACUCGGUGCCGCUGAUCUGCGUCGAGGGUUUCAGCCAGUUGCAAACCUUGCAGUGCUACUAUAAAUACGAGCAGGUGCUGAUAUGUUUGCACCAUGUGAUACCGUUGUUUCUCGAGUGUCCAGAUUCCUUACUGAAGAACGACAAAUUUGUCAGCUUGAUUGUGCCGCUCAUCAACGCCGACCGCACGUAUAUGAAGAUAGCGAAGAACCUGAUCGCCCCGGAAUUCCCCGGCCCGAUUCUCAAACAAUUUUCCAACAUGAUUGAAUCUCAUUUGCAUCAUUACAAACGGUAUUGCUUGAAUAGUCCGGACCGUUUCGUGCACCUAUGGCUAAAUGUAUUGAUUCUCGUCCAGGACUGGAACAAAGACCAUAAUGUAAUGUAUUUGAUGGAUAGCGUGAUCCGUGCGGCGUUCUUUCACUUAGAAGCCAGGGCGAUAAUGGAGAACAUGUUCCAAAAUCUCUUCUGCCCUGCUAUAGACGGAAGUAAUGAGAAUAUAUCGUCCAAUCGGGCGCCCGGGUCGUUUGGAUCAUUUCUGAGUUGGGCAACAGGCUCUUCUAACUCAGCAAGCCUCCUUGGUGGAACCGUUCCAACAAUAUGGCUCGCUUAUCAAAUUCUGUCAACAGAGCAACACGAUAGGGAGCUUAAAACCGGACUGUGGCGCGAGAUCCUGCGAGAACUGUCAAUGCAAUCCAAGAUAUCUUUAGACACUGCGCUCAAGAGGGCCUGUGCAACAGUGAAGAUUACUCCGUUCGGAGUAGGCAACCUGGCUAUUUAUCGCUGGUCCCAGCAAGCCCUUGAUACACCCAUGGAUCAUCCCAUUCUGCCUCUCUUGUGGCAGAAUUUUUUUAGCUUGUUCCUCGCACGAGCUCCUACCAUCCCAGGAUCUAUGGACAAAGGUGGGGUCGGAGAAAAAUUUUUUGAGGGGAUGAUAAAUCUAAGCUACUUGAAGAAGUUGAAGAAACGACUGCACGAAACGACAGAGUAUUUCCAAAUGAAAGGAGAAAAGGACACGGACAAUGGAAAACCGAUCACGGAUGAUCGGCGUGUAUUUUAUUUCAGUGCUGCAAAGUUUUAUAAAACAUUGAGCCUUUGGUUGGAGGAACCUCGUCUUCAGGAACCGGGACUUUAUCUUCCAGCCCUACCACCGCAAUAUAUGUCACAGAGGCUAAUUCUACUAAUGCAAGGAGAUCGAACCCUCUGGCUGGAAUACGUCGACUACUGGGCGGUGCACCAGAGCCAACUCAAAGCCGUUUGUGAGUGGGAACGUGCGACGUUCCGCGAUCCCGAGAACCAGUACCAGAAGUUUUCUCAGCCUUCGUCGAACGCCAUAGAAUCGAUCGAACCUCUUUGCAGAAUCUUCCGCAGGCUGAGCUCCUACGAACCGCCGGUUCCACCGCCGCCUUUGAGCCGCAAUCAGCCGGUGCUGGGCUGCUUAGCCAGGGAAUGCCUUUACAACUCCGCUACCGUUAUCGAUCUAGUCAAACCACAUCUCAGAGUCAUCCUUGACUAUGCACAGACCUACAGUCUCAUGGUAUCCGAGCACACCGCGGCGGACUGCAGCUUCCUCGAACUAGUUCCAACUCUCUAUCGGAUCUAUGAGAACCACGUUGCCUUGCAUGCUCUCUGCGACCCUGCGCCAUCCGGUCAGAGGCGCUCUAGAUCAGGCACACCUCCCACUGUGCAUUGUGCAGGCCCGGCGAUCAUCGAGAUCACAGUUGAGGAGGCGCACGUCAGCGAAGGCGUGGACCACAUGAUAACCCAGAACCGGGCCGAAUAUGAGAAUCUCUUGGUGAAAGCUAGUCAACCGCCACCCAGCAAGGUCACUCUGGGCUGCGUUUUCACCGAUCAUUUAAUCGCGAUGUUGGAGCACGAGUUGGCUGUCAGUCGUACUAACGAAAACAUCACCGUAUUACGCAAGGUACAAGAGAGUGGAGUCAAACUGUUCUAUCAUUUAGUAGAAUUCUAUACGGAAGAAGCAGCGCUAUGCCCUCCCACGAAGCAGCUUAUCACUACUUGCUUGGAGAAGCUAGGACAGUUGUUCAUCAGCGGCGAGGAAACCCAGGGUCCGCAAUUACUGAACGCUAUAAUUCAGAGGCCUAAUCUCGGAGGUCUGUUGGGACCACACUUUACUCCUGUCGCUGGAGGAGCCUCCACAUUCUUGCAAAUGUAUCAAACCGUCGUGGACCUGUCAACCGGGUCCAAUGUCGACUUGUGCUUCGUAUUGCUCUCGAAGUUUGACGUCGGCAGCUGGCUGAACUAUCGCCGUCCGCGACUGAGCGAAAGAUCUACCUUCAUAGAUCUAGUUUCAAGGGCGUUGUGCGACAUAGGCUUGACUCCUGAAGAGGAAAAGCUGAUGCUGCAUGAACUGUUUCGAAACCAUCUACGACUCAUUCUUCUGCACGAAUUCCCCGAGCACUAUGGUGAAGUAUUGAGCGCAGUGCUGAGAGGAUCUGAGAGCCAGAAUCUGUCUCUAGAUGUGUGGCGCGACUUGUUGGGAGCUCUCAGCGGCAAACCAAGGAAUAUCGCGCCCUCCCAAAAUCCUGCCAAAAUCAGAGACGAAAUCAGGCACUACGCUACGGAACAGAGGCUGCUGUCUCGCCAAGAGGUCUGAUUUCAC